AUGCCGCUGUCAAAUAUACAGAAACCCUCAACUGAGGGACCCACGAAAAAGGCUUCAACUGCAAAACUACGCAAAAGACCCCCUCCCAAAGACCGCGACGGAAAUGGCGAUAUCACUAGAAGUGGGACGUCUAUUGCAUCACGCAAGCGUCGUUGCCCCAGAGUCACUCUGGCAUCACUCCAAAUGGACGACGAGGAGGAUGAUCCAAGCAGAUUCACUACCAGCUUCGGUGCCAAUUCCCAUUCGCACAACACAUGGGGCCUCCCCGUUUCUACCACCAUUGUAGCCACGAAGCGCAAGCGUAGAACAGCUACCUUCCAGGAUAUACCAGGACUCGGUCGUAAUCACGCAGGACGGAGUGCGGGUCUUUUCAAUCAUAUCCCAAAACUUCGCAGUCUUGAAACCACGCCCGAACAUGUGGACAUAAAUUGUCCAACUCGCUCUUGUUUCCUACGCUACUCUCUGGAGGUUCGUGAGCGGAUCUAUGGAUACUUUCUUCGCUCCCCGAAAUCUAUCAUCAUGAACCAUGAUUGGACAACCGUCGAACGCUGCCCCGACUUCGUUAUCAAGGAGAUAUUGUUUAUCUGUAAGCAAAUCACUGCCGAAGCUCUCACCUUCCUCUACAAAAACAACACUUUUCAUGCACUCCUCCGGGAGAACAAAUCAUGGCUUCCUUUUUGGAGCAUCUCUAGGAUUCCAUCUACCUAUUUGAACCUGAUUAGGAACGUGAUCCUUGAGUGUCCAAAGGACAGCUGGAGUUUAGAUUGGUAUCACAAGGCUGCAAAAAGCAUCGAAACUUUGGCAAUGACGAAGCCAGUACUAGAUACUUUCACUCUCGUGAUGACGCCACAGCGAGUUGAAUUGAGCUCUACGGCGUUGGGAUUAGAGGCUGCUCCUAUGACAUUUGCCAAUUUUCUCUGGAAAGAUGGAGAGAUAUUGAUUGCUAUUAUGAAACUGCACAGUAAGAAGUUGAGGGUUGUGGUGAAGAACGAUGAUGGAAGGAGAAUUAUUCUAGAGGUAGAUGUUGGCGGUAUUUAUACGACAUUGGAUGAUCAGGAGAGUUGGUUUGAGAAAGAUAGGCUAUACCAGCAAACAAGACUUGCUUUGAAGAAAAGGGUGGAAACGGAAUUGGCGGCGAUGAAAGACAGGUUGGAAGAGAUCUUUAAUGGUGAGAGAAAAGCUAUUAAGAUGGGAUGGUGUAGGAUAAUGGGACUAGAUGAAAGAUUAGUCGGGGACAAAAGUCGACGAUAUAAAGGCGAGAUGAGUGGUGGGUGGAUGGCACCAGUUUGA